UUAUAGUAUUUAAUUUGUGGUUUUAUCAGGCUUGUGGCAAAGAUUUUAUUUUCUUCAUGUGGUCAAGUUAUGCUUGGCGGUAAAGACAUCCCUUUUCUUUUCAUUAUCCACUCAGGGUCGGGGGGACACGUGUAGCGAGUUUGAUUGACAACGUCAGUGGGCGUUUACUAACUUGGUUAAUUUGGGUAACAUCCUUCUUUCUAUUUACAAGUUCACUUACUGGCACCAAAUCUUGGUUGACAAAUUCAAUUCAAUUUAUUAAAGAUGUUUCUGGCCAAAAGACUCAUUGGUGGCAUUCUUGAUGUUGUAAGCCUGCACCACGAAGGCCACUUGCGUAUGCAGAGCAGAGUGAGAGUGACGAGGAAAGACAGUUUCGCAAAGUCUUUCAGCAGUUGGCUGGAGAUGACAUGGAGGUGAGUCCCAUCGAACUGAUGAACAUCCUGAAUAGAAUUAUUUCAAAACAUGGUGACUUGAAGACAGACGGGUUUAGCAUAGAGUCCUGCAGGAGCAUGGUGGCAGUCAUGGAUAGUGACAGCACUGGAAAGCUUGGAUUUCAUGAGUUCAAACACCUUUGGAACAAUAUCAAGAAAUGGCAGGGUGUGUAUAAGACUUAUGACACUGAUGGCUCUGGGGUUAUUGGUGCAGAUGAGCUUCCCAACGCUUUCAGGGUUGCAGGCUUCCGCCUCAACGACCAGUUGUUCCAGAUGAUCAUCCGCAGAUACAGUGAAGAGAAUGGGGACCUGGACUUUGACAAUUACAUUGGCUGUCUUGUGAGACGACUGGAUGCUAUGUGUCGUGCCUUCAACACCUUAGACAAGGAUAACGAUGGAACCAUCAAGGUCAACAUUCAAGAGUGGCUCCAGUUGACCAUGUAUUCCUGAGCUUAGGACAUGCCUACAGGUGUUUACAAAACCACUCCAUUUCUAUCUACUUGAUGCUGUGCUUUAGACCACUCCGUGGACCCCCUGUGCCAGUCCCCCAGUGUAUGCAGGUUUCCAUACAUUAUUUGCAACCUACACAAUGUGAAUACAGCUUUUUCAUACAACAAAAGGGGAGUUGUAGACUAACGUGGGAACUAAAACCUGCACACACAGUGGUUCUAUGGGCUGACACUGAGAACCUCUGGGCCACUCGAUGCUGGUCUUGCAUUCAACCAAGAGUAUCUGCUUGUUUUCCUUUUGAAUUGAAGAAAAGACAGCCUUUGUAGAGGUUCUUUCCAAUAGUUCUCAAAAGGUAAUCAUUUACCAAUCAUUUUUAAGCCAGUUCUGAAAGUCUAACUGUGACACAUACAUGGUGCCGCUACACAUAAUGCCAGUACAAUGUUAGUUUUUGCCAUUGCUUCAUGAAACCAACAGAUGCCAUUUGGUAACUGUUGCCAUAAGUCACUGAACUGUUACUAUCUUUGAAAUGACCCGUGUAAUUUUGUAUGGAAUUAAAGUAAUCCUAACAAUGUA